GACGGCAGGGUGCUAUGGAGACUGGCACGCGCCACGGUGCCGAGCCUGAGGCCGGUUGGUCCCCCCACACCCAGAGCAAGCUCCACAGCGAGCAUGCCCUGCUGCAGCAGGCCACCGUAUGGCUGCAACAAGUGCUGGGCAGCCAAAUGCCCGCGGGAAAGCCGGCCAGCGAGCUGUUCAGGGACUGCAGCAUCCUGGGCCGCGUGGCGGAUGUGGUGCAAGCGGCGCGCCAGGGCAGGGUGCCAGCCCACCGCCCGCCGCCGCCGCCUGGCGCCAGCAGGCGCAGGGCAGACGCCAUCAACGACUUUGUGCGGUGGCAGGCGCUGUGCACCGAGCUGGGCGUGGGCCGGGACCAGCUGCCGCUGCUGGCGGACGUGGAGCAGGGGCGGGGCGUGCCCGCCAUCUGCCGUUGCCUGUGGGCCGCCGCCGACAAGUGCGGCGCGCUCGGCCUGGCGGUGCCUGCGUUUGGUGCCGACGCCCGCAGCAGCCUGCGGCGCAGCAUGACGCGGGAUGCCAGCGCCAAGCGGGCGGAACUGUUUUCUGGCAGCGGACCCAGCCCGCCCAAGCGCCCGUCGCUGCCGCUGCUGACGCCCCGCGCGUUCCAGGGCAGGGCGGGCACCCCGGGAGGCGGCUGCACCAGCGCCGCGCUGCGCGACAGCAACAGCGGCCUGCCUGCCUGGCGGCAGGGCGGCCAGAAGGCCGGCACGCCGCAGCAGCAGGCACAGCAGCCCGGCUUGGCGGCGGAAGCGGGGCACCAGGGCAAUGACAGCAGCCUGGGGCGCAGGCUGGCAGCCAUGGAGCGAGCAGCUGCGCAGGCUGCCAGGCUGCGCACCAGCCCCGACGCUGUUGCCAGCCGCAGCAGCCCACCGCAGCCGCAGCAGCAGGUGCAGCAGCGGCGCCGCCCGGUGCUGCCCACCCUAGACCUGCAGGCCGCCGCCGCCGCCGCUGCAGAAGAGGCUGCAGAGGAGGAGGAGGAGGAGGCUGCCUUUGCGGCGGCCCAGGCUGCCAGCCCGUUGAGCUCUCCUGCCAGCAGCCCCGCCGCCAGCCCUGGCGCCGCGUAUUACAGCAGCAGCAGCUACUUCAGCAGCAGCGUUGCCACCAGCAGCCCCGAUCCCAGCCCCAGCCGCUACCGUCUGACCCCCAACACCCUGAAGACCGCGGCACAGGGCAACCCGCUGUGGAGCACCUCGCCCCCUCGCUCACUCACACCCAUCCCCAUGCCCGCUUUUGAGGAGGAGGAGGCACAAGAGGAGGAGAACCUGCGCCAGCCAGAGGCAGUCUCCCCGCCCCUGCAGCCUGUUGCUGCACCGCCGGCAUUGGCAGCAGCGCUCGAGCCGCAGCAUGGCCCCCGGCGCUCCGAGCCUGCCGCCGCCGAGGGCCCGCCGCAGCCGGAGAUGCUGCAACCCCGCCGAUCUGCUGUUGAGAGGGAGGAGGAGGAAGGCGAGGUGGCGUACAGCCGGUGCGGCGGCGACCUGCUGGAGAGCCUGCUCAGCCCGCCGCACCUCAAGCCCGCCCACUCCCAGCUGCUGGGUGCACUCAUGCACACCUCUGGCGGCGGCGCGGCUGCCGCAGCCGCGGCGGCUGAGCAGCGGCGGCGCAUGGAGGAGCAGCGCGCGGCAGAGGAGCAGGAGCAGGAGCGGCUGGCAGCGGCUGCCGCUCUUGCUGCUGCCCCAGCUGUGAGCCAGGUUGAGGAGGCUGAGGUUGAUCCAUCAGCGGCGGAGGCGCCGGCGCCAGACACCGAGCCCCUGCCGGCCAGCCAGCCCGUGUGCACCGCAGCAUCUGCUGCGACGCAGAGCGAGGUCAGCAGCAGGGCUGCUGGCGGCGGCGGCGGCGUGCGAAAGCUGGCUCUGGUGCUGCUGGGAGCGGUGGCAGGUGCAGCCGCAGCGGUGGCGGCCGGAGCGUCGCACCAGCAGCAGCAGCGGGGGAGGCGCUCUGGGUCCCGCCCGCAGCGGGUGCCCACCCUCGGCGGCAUGCGAGCUGCGCCUGCAGGGCAGCAGCCGGUGCCUCGCCGGGAUGGCCGCGCCCGCAGCAGCGGUGCGGUGGUGGUGGCCUGGGACAGCCCUGACGUGCUGACUCAGGGGCCUGGCCGCCCCGCCGACUGUGUGAUGCCAGCGGGAAGCCUGGGAGCUUCCCUGUUCUCCCGCGCCCUUUCGGCAGCCUCCACCCGCGCCGCAGCCGCAUCCACGGCCAAGAGCAGCAGCGCCGCGGCUCGCCCGCCAGCACCGCACUCGUGCACCUCGGCCUGGGGCUCCGCCGCCGCCUCGCGCCGCCGCGCCGCCGCCGCCACCUGCCCCGCCGCGGCCAUGAGCAGCAGCAGCAGCAGCGGAGGGGCCGCCGCGGCAGCAGCCACGGAAGCGGCGGCCACGGCGCCGGGCAACACCUCCAUCAUCAUUGACGACCCUCCGCCCGCCAACGGCGGCGCCGGCGCCGGCGCCACCUCAGCGGCAGCCACCGCCAGCCUGCGCUCCCUGGAGGACCUGCAGUUUGACAACACCUUCACCGCGCAGCUGCCGGCAGACGACUCGGAGAUCAACGUCAGCUCUGCGCUGUACAGCUGGGUGGCGCCCACCCCCACCGGCACCGAGCCUACCACCAUCGCCGCCAGCGCCGCCGUGGGGCGCCUGGUGGGGCUGGACCCGGCAGAGGCGCUGCGCCCAGAGUUUGCCCUCAUCUUCAGCGGCAACGCGCCGCUGCCCCAGACGCGCUCCUAUGCACAGUGCUACGGCGGGCACCAGUUUGGGCACUGGGCGGGGCAGCUGGGGGACGGGCGGGCCAUCUGCCUGGGACAGUCGGUGAAUGGCGAGGGGGAGCGGUGGGAGCUGCAGCUCAAGGGCGCGGGGCGCACGCCUUACUCCCGCAUGGCCGACGGCCGCGCCGUGCUGCGGUCCUCCAUCCGUGAAUACCUGGCCUCCGAGGCGAUGCAUGCGCUUGGGGUGCCCACCACGCGCGCCCUGUCGCUGGUGGCUACCGGGGACCAGGUGAUGAGAGACAUGUUUUACAACGGGAAUGCGCGGCUGGAGCCUGGCGCGGUGGUGUGCCGCGUGAGCAAGAGCUUCGUGCGCUUUGGCUCCUUCCAGCUGCCCGUCACCAGGGGCAAGGACGAGAUGGGCAUGGUGGGGCUGCUGGCCGACUACGUCAUCCGCCACCACUACCCGCACCUGCAGGGCGGCCCCGGCAACAAGUAUGCCGCCUUCCUGGCUGAGGUGGCGCAGCGCACAGCGCGCCUGGUGGCGGAGUGGCACCGCGUGGGCUUUGUGCACGGCGUGCUCAACACAGACAACAUGAGCAUACUGGGGGAGACGAUCGACUAUGGUCCCUACGGUUUCCUGGAGCGCUUUGAUCCCGAUUUCACGCCCGAGAUUGGGCAGUGGAACCUGGUGCAGCUGGCGCGGGCGCUGGUGGUGGCGGGGCUGCUGAGCGAGGAGGAGGCGGCGCCGGCGCUGGCCGCGUAUGCAGAGACGCUGACGCAGGCAGGCCUGCUGCGGGAGGCUGGGUUGGCUGGGCCCGCUUGCCGCCGGUAUGAUGAGGUACAGGCGGCCAAGCUGGGCCUGCGCGCCUAUGAUCGCGAGGUGGCGGGCGGCCUGCUGCGUCUGAUGUACGAGGAUGCGGCCGACUACACCAACACCUUCCGCAGCCUGAGCGGCGUGGGGCUGGAUGCAGCAGGCGACGAGCCCGCCAGCGGCCUGCCGCCGGCGCUGGCCUGCGCGCUGGGCCCUCUGGAGGAGGAGCGGUACGCGGCGUGGCGGCAGUGGGUGCAGCUGUACCGCGCCAGGCUGGCGCAGGAGGGCAUGGCGGAGCAGGAGCGCGCUGCCAUCCAGGAUGCCGCCAACCCGGCCAUCGUGCCACGCAACCACGUGAUGGUGACGAUCAUUGGGGAGGCGGAGGAAGGGAACUACCAGCCCCUGCACAGGUACAUGGCGGCCCUGCUGCAGCCGUACAACGCCAGCGGGCUGGACCCGGCCUGGCUCGAGCCCGCGCCGCAGAAGUGCCGGCUGGGCGUGGAGCUGCUGUCGUGCAGCAGCUGA